AUGGCGAGUCAAGUAACACUCGAAGCAACGGCUGGUAGUAGCACUCCAGUCAGUACCAACGAAGUCAACGAGUCCAGUAGCACCUGUAAUGAUGACCAGUCACGUGUUAAUGUACCAGUUGACGCUUCGUUUAAUGAUGGGAUGGAGAUAAUAAAUGCUCUCGAAGGACCAGCGGUAACAAAUGUUGGUGGUAGUGGUGAAUCAUCGUAUACUGGUGUAAUAGGUGCUUCAGAUGAUACCACAGGUUGUUUAACGGAUUCUCGACAGGCUGGUGGCGGUAACGGUGGUUUGUUCCAAUCACGCAGGACUUCAGACGAUAAGAAAUUGGGUGACAAACCUAGUAAUAAUCAUAUUUCUACUACUACUUCUAUUAUUACUACUACAACUACUAAUAGUAUUACUACGACUACUAGACAAACUGGUGCAUCUACACCGACCGACGCCUCAACUUAUAGAGCUAAGUGGAAUGUUCGCAAAUUAAGAAAUCUUGAAAAUGCACUGCAUACUUCAGGUGAAAUGGAUGUAGUUACAACAGUAGUAUCAAGGACCCAAGCGACUAGAAAAAUGAAUGAUUGUCACGAAGUUGUUAAAACGUCAGCUAUAGCUGGGGAACGCAGGGGUAACUUAUGUUCUAUACAUCAGAGUGGAUUGAGGAAAGCUAAAAUCAAUGUAGCAUGUCAAACAGAUCCAGAUGAAGAAACAUUCCCGAAAAUCACACAGUGUUCUCGAAACACUAAUUCCCAACCUGUUACAAACAAAGAUAAUUUUGCAUCAGGUACAGUCGCGUCGUCUAGUAAUGAUGCUGUUUCUCCUACAUCGAGUACUUCAUCAGACGGUACUCUGCGAUUGAUGAUUCAAAAUUUCACCAAUAUGGCCGACACAGUGCGAGGACCUAGUAAAAAAAUACAAGCUGUCCCGUGGCGAAUCAUGGUAAUGCCUCGACAACAUGUUGUGCAAAAAAAAGGCACUCAGAAAUGUUUGGGAUUUUUUCUUCAGUGUUGUCCAGAUGCUUAUUCUGAUUCAUGGUCUUGUCAAGCAGCAGCAGAACUGCGUUUGAUCUCGCAGAAACAGGGCGUGCCACAUUUCACGAGGAAGACUAAUCAUGUGUAUACAGCCAAAGAAAAUGAUUGGGGAUAUUCUUGUUUUAUGACAUGGGCUGAUAUAUUAGAUGAAAGUCAAGGGUACAUCAAGGAUGAUAAAGUUAUUUUAGAAGUGUCUGUUAAAGCCGAACCGCCGAAGAAUAUAUUAACUCAUGAGCAAUUCGAGAAAAAAAUUCAAGACUAUAUGAGGUUAGCAGAUAUCCAGAGUAGCAGGGGACUCAUUGACAAAGCCAUUGAAGUCAAUAUGAGUGCUCUUAAAUUUUGCAAAGAUCGUGAUCAAGAUUGCAAAGCUGAUCUCGAAGCUCAGAAAGCCAAACUUAUUGAAAUGAAAUUGAAACAAAGUAUCGAAAGGAUUGAGAAAGGACCUCCACUUGGAAAGGGUGAUGAAGAGAAUUCACUUAAUCAAAGUGCUUUGAAGCAAGCUAUAUCAGGUGCUGCCACGAUCAAUAAGCAGUCAUCAGUAAAUAAAUCAAAAUCUAAUUCUGGUAGUAAAAUGCGUGAAGGGAAUAUGGAAAAGAGCGUCAGUGUCCAAAACAGAGCAACACCACCCUUAAAUAAAACAGAAACAAAGCAGGCAAUUGAGUCGAGUGGUACAGAAGCACGUCCCAUUUUACAAAAUCACAAGAAUGCCUGCAAUGUACCAGAAACUCCGGCUGAUGUGUUAUUAAAUGCUGCUCGUGAAAUGAAGUGGCUUGCAGAGAGUGGUAGAGAUGAGGAUGAGGAUCAAUCAAGGCUCGAAAGAAUACAACGACACGUUGGUCUGUCAGUUUUUGGGAAUGAACGAAAAGAAGGAGUGGAGGAGAUCAAAAAAGGAUCUGAAAAGUUGGAUGAAAAAGUAGGUAAUGAUGAGAAGAAAAGAAUGGUCAUCAAUAGCAAUUAUGUGGGUAACGAUGUUCUUGCUUUAGGAGCAAAAUUUACUGGAGAUAGUAUAUUUUCGGCGAAUCUACGGAAAUCAGAUACGGAAGAAUCAGGAGGAUCACUUUUGCGAUGCGCAUAUGAUGUAAGUGGGCAUGAUCAGCCAUGGGAAUUAUGUGAUGCACAUAGGCGGCAGCAUGCUCUUUGCUCUAGUGAGGAAGAAACAAGUACAACAGAUGGCAUGUCUUCUGAUAGUGAAAAUGAAAGAAAUGAUGGACGCACUGGUGUUGGAGUUCCUUUCUCAAAAAAGAUCAAACGUUCUUUUCGACAUGGCUUGUCAGUACGUGAUGAUUGCGAUAGCUGUAUCCAAGCUAUUCUUGAACCAGCUUCGCUUAACACUGAGGAAGCAUCAUGUCAAACUGACUUUUCCGUUCUGAUGCCAAAAGCGGACGCGGCUGUAGUUAAUGCAAACGCGGAUAUGACAAAUCCGAACCCUGAUCGACCUUAUGCUCAACCAAAGAAACAGACAGCAAAGAAAACCGUUCCUAAUGGUGAUUGGCGUCGUAAAAAAGCAAGCGAGUUCAAGGAUGAUUCUGGCAAAAAACAGGACGAGCAGCCAAAAAAAGUGGAUGAUAGAGCUCAAGAGGUGGCAGAACUGCAAAAAGAAAGUAUAGCACGUUUUACAUCUCAAUUCACCAGUCAGGAUCCAAAAGCUUUUCCGGUCUUCCCUUUAUAUCAGACGCAGCAGCUUCUUGGUGAUGACAUGCAGACUCCGCAGAUGCAACCAUAUAUGGACGAUUCAACGCAGCCGAACAUAUGGUCACGCCAGUAUAUUGAAGAGUGGCUGAAAUUCAAUAUUAAGUAUUGCUGGAAGUAUAUGAAGAAUGGAGAGAAUCCGCCUGUAGCUGGCGAUGAAAACAGUCUAGAUUUUGGUGCAGGCAAUGUGCCACAUUUUACUGAUGCACAAGUGCAGCAAGUUAUGGCUGCUUUAUCAGUUAUUGGUGUCAAUUGUGUUAAUGCUAAACGUGUAGUUGACAAAGCUGCCGAAUUUAUCAAUACUCUAGAAAUGCGUUCAAAAAGUCCUUUUCUCAAAGGUUGCCUGCAGAAAUUGGCAAUUUUAGCUGGUGAUGAAAAAGUCAUUGAAGCUAUAAAAGAUGGACGUAGAGGAGAUGUCGAUUGUGGGUCAUUAGAUGAGCAUCACUUAACGGCACCCCUAGUUGAUGAAACAGAUGAGUUUAGUACUUUAAUGAAUGACUGUCCUGAUGACCAACAUGACUAUAUGCUAAAUCGUGAAGUACAUCGCAUAGGUGUUUUUGCGGAUCAAGCAGUGAGUAAAAAUCCACUAAUGGAAGUGGGUCAGGCAGAAAAGUUAAAUGAACAUACGGAGAAGAUUGCACAGCGUAUUUCGUUACUUGAAAAUGACAAAGAAUCUCUAUUGCGGCAACUUAAUACCGAGAAAGAAAGAAACAAAAAAUUAGAACAAAAACAUGCAAAUAUAUUGAAACAGGUGCAGUCACAAUUGCAAUCGGAAAAAGAAAAGCAUGAAAAGACGGGUCAACUGCUGAAUCAAAAGAAAAAUGAAUUAAAGAAACUGGAACGGAAUAUCAAGCAACAUGAGCGGGAAGCUGAACGAGUUAGAGAAUUGCAAGAGAAAAAUGAAUCUUUAAUUCGAGAUUCUCAAGAGCUUCGUCAGAAGCACUUUGAAGAAAUAAGAAAGCUCCAAAGAGAGUUGCAGUCAAGCCAAGAUAAUAGAAAGAAUAUGGCUGAAGAGAUUCGGGGACGUGAUAAUGAAAUCAGCGAGUUGAAAAAUCAACUAAAUGAACGAUCCUCUGCACUCAAACGCUCGGAAAAUACAUUGUCUUCGGAACGAAAAGUGUAUCAAAGUAAUGUAGCAACACUGACUGAGCGUGCGAAGAAGGCUGAAGUUUCGUUACUCGAACAUAAGCUUGAAACAGGCCUUGCUGUACUUGAGAGAGCUCACAAAGAUGCGGGACAACGAGUGAAAGAUUUGGAAGCUGAACUGAAGAAUCCAAGAGCAAGGAAUGCUUUGUCAAUGGAAGAAUUAAAAGGAGGAAUUGCGGAAUGGAAGGCUAAGCGAGAAGAAGUCUCCUCUCUCAUAGCUACUUCGAAGACCGAAUUUGCUUCACAAAUUGAACAGAUCAAGGCUGGUAAAACAAUUGCGCAGUUGCCAAAAAUUAAUGUACCAAAACCUCCACCAGCACCAAAAUUCAAGAUCGGAACUGCUCCGGCUCAGUUAUCACCAGUUGGACAUGAGAAAGGUCUUUCAGCUCCGCCUGUGCCAGCUGUUGGUGUUAUUGGAAAUCGAGCACCAGCAGCUAGUGUAGUUAUAAAUUCAACACUUAACCCCAACAACGUUGCACCAGGUUCGCAGUUGCAGAUAAUGUCGAAGGCACCGGCUCCUCCGUUAUCUUCGCCCAUGAAAUCACCUACGAAUACUGCAACACCAAUGGCACCGAUUGGUGUUCGACCCACAGGCCAUACAAAUUCAGUAGUAGAUUAUACAAAUAACCACAAUGCUACUGUCAGUUCCUCCACCAAUUGUGCUCAACCAUCUACGAGUACAUCUUCAUCUGGAUUGUCAUUACCUACCGCUUGGGGUUCCAGCUGGGAUGGACCGCUUGCCAUGAAUUCCAUCAAUGAACUUCUCAAUCCCAGUCGCUCAUUUGGACCCAUCGGUACUGAUUAUGGUAUCAGCACCGGUGGCAGUUCUACUCAGCUAUCUCAUCCACCGCCUGUUGUUCCAAAUACAAGUAGUCAUUUCACAGCGCAGACUAAUGGAUGGAGUAAUGGAGGCGGCAGCGAUUGGUUGAACACAUUGACGUCCAGUAGCAGUUGUGGUGGCUUAUCUAAUCAACCAAGUCAUUACACUCAUAUCCAACAGCAGCAGCAGCAGCACCAAGGAAGCAAUUAUCAAUCGCAUCAGUGGCCAAGUUGGACGAGUUUUCAUACUCCUACAUCAGCUCCUUCUGAUGUCGCUAAUGCGCUAGUUGACAGUAGUCGUAGCGCGUCUCCGCGACGUGAUACUCUGCUCGAUACUUUGAGAAAUCAUUUCCCACAUAUGUCUCCAGAAAGCUUGAAGGAGUAUACAGGAGAAUACAUGAUGCGAAACAAUUUGCCAAGUUUAAAAACACUUCCCGUACGUGAGCUAAUCAAUUAUAUUGCAGUAUCAUCAGCUAAAGCUCAGGCAAAUAUGUGGAACAAAAGCAGCAAUAUGCCGCCUAUGAUGCACCAACCUCCACCAAACGUGAUACCAAGUUCAGUUGGUAUGAAUCUGCCUGGCAUCGAUCAUUUCCAGUCGCCUUCAACUCGUCUUCAAACUCAGCCUAAUAUACAUCCACAUAAUCUUUUACAUCAGCAAAGUAAAGAUUCUUAG